UCUUUUUUUGUGUGCUGGCGUCGCUGCCCUCGGAUUCAAUUGAAUCCAAGGGACAACCAAGAAACACACGAGCAUCCGUUUAAAUGAGAGGAGUCGUGUUGCCUGGGUGAGGACCAAAGCCGAUAGACUUUGAAUUGUAAAACCAACUUUCGAAAGAUUGUUUGCCUUCAACUGUCGGUGCUUUUCCUCUUUUUUGGCAACCUUGAUGCUUGGCAGGCUUCUCCAAAAGCUUAGAAGUUUAUCCGCUCUUCUCUCUCAGAAAUCUUCCUUUCUCUGUCAAAUUUGUGCUUUUCAUCGUGGAAUUCAUGGCAUCCAUCCAUCCCAUCUUUACAUGAAGGCAACCAACUAAUUGCUUCUCUCUUAACGUCAUCUGACGCUGUUCUGUGGCGUUCGCCCUUGUUAAUUUGCUGCUGGAAAUCUUGCAAUGAGGCGGUAUAAGAAUGGCGCAGUUUGGGACUUCGAGUGCCAAAUUCCGACGAGUCCAGAUCGGACGGGGGUCGUCCUUGGCGUGGACGGGGGCGCGACUUCCACGGUGUGUGUUUGUUUGGAGAUUCCCCUCUCUUGUCAAUUGCCCGAUCCCUUACCAGUGCUCGGCAGAGCUGCAGCCGGCUGCUCCAAUCACAACAGCGUUGGAGAAGCUUCAGCAAGAGAGACCCUGGAACAAGUUAUUGCAGAUGCCUUGUUGAAUUCCAACUCCAAAAGGUCUGCUGUCCGUGCUAUUUGUUUAGCGAUAUCUGGUGUCGACCAUCCAAGAGAUGAACAACGGAUACUAAAAUGGCUAAGGGAAAUGUUUCCUAGUCAUGUCAAUCUCCUUGUCCGAAAUGAUGCCGUCGCAGCAUUAGCAAGCGGAACAAUGGGAGAUAUCCAUGGAUGUGUUCUUAUUGCAGGCACUGGGACCAUAGCAUAUGGGUUCAGUAGAGAUGGUAGAGAAGCUCGUGCUGCAGGUGCAGGACCACUGUUAGGCGAUCGGGGCAGUGGCUAUGGAAUUGCUGCAGAAGCACUGACUGCAGUUAUACGGGCUCAUGAUGGUCGUGGACCAAAGACAACUCUCACCACAUGUAUUCUGCAGAAGCUUGGGCUGUCUUCGCCUGAUGAAAUUAUUGGCUGGGUCUAUGCAGAUCAAUCUUGGGCUCGUGUUGCUGAACUUGUUCCCACGGUAGUAGCCUGUGCAGAUGCAGGUGAUGAGGUUGCGAAUAAGAUCUUGCUUGACUCUGUUCAUGAGUUGGCAGCUAGUGUUAGAGCGGUUGCCCAGAGACUUGCCUUAAGUGGUGAAGAUGGGAGUGGCUCGUUCCCCCUUGUUAUGGUUGGUGGUGUUUUUGAAGCUAACAAGGGAUGGGAUAUUGGAAGGGAGGUGGUAAACUGUAUACGCAAGGAUUAUCCUGGUGUUGAUCCUAUUAAGCCAAAGAUGCAGCUAGAGCCUGCCACUGGAGCAGCUUUACUUGCUUGGAACUUAUUUCUUGACCAUAAUGGACGUAGGAGCUGACAAUCUUUUUCUACUAGCUCAUGCUAGUUGUAUAGUAUGUUUAUCUCCAUCAUUUAGAUUAAAAGAAGUUAUUAAUAGGAUAGAUUUUUUUUUUUUUUUAUCAACUGUGAUUUUCCUAAUUUUUGGACUGCCCUCCAAAAGCUGAGGGUAUUAUUGAUAUCUUGCUUAGUCAGUAUGGGUCUAGAUUUAUUCUUACUGUUGAACAAUGAUAUGAAAGCAGAAUAUGAAACUGUUCUUCAAAGGAUUCCUGCAAUAUGCAAAACUGUCAAGCAUGACUGGAAAGUUUUUGUAUCUUGUGUUUCAUAAAUGAAUGCCAU